CGCAGUGCAAGGAAAUAUUAUGUACUGAAUUCAUUGAAUUUUCUAAUAAAUUCUUUCUAUUGUUCAUUUGUAUUCUAAUUGCCCGAAAUUUAACAUAGCUAAUACAUACAAAUAUUUAAUUUAAAUAUAUUCAUAAUGGAAUUAUAGUGUGCUUGUCUCUUCGAUGUGAAAUUAUGAACGAAAUAUUAUUGUGAAGUGUUAUGGAAAGCGAUAGUCAUGAAAUAUCUGUGUGUAAUUAUUGUUUUAUGCUUUUCUUCGUGUGAAAGUCAAUCGCCCGCCUCAGAAAAAGUGGAUUCUCCCUCACUGACAAAGGGAAAUUCGUUAUCCGAACAGAAAUGGAAUAUAAAACUCGACGUAAAUUUUUUUAAAAAUUUCCCAUCGGUAAUAAGAAAAUCUCUUGGCAGUAAUGCUCGUUUGAAGUGCGAGGUUAUAGUGAAUUUCACAAAAGUUGAAAGAUACAUAAAAAACAAGGAAGGCGUUGAGACUAUUCUGAAAGAAUCACCUCCUGAACACAUUCAACAAGCAUUGAUGAAAAAUGUCAAAAUUCAUUGGCUCAAAGACAAUAAACAGGUAACAGAUUCGGGAAGAUUAAAUAUUUCGUCGAGUGUUAACAUUAACAAUAGUACAAUAGCAGUUAGCUUACUCAUUAAAGAUAUUCAAAAUGAUGAUAAAGGAAAUUACUCAUGUGUUAUCAAGCAAAAUGAUAAGAGGCAGACAACUGUGUUGAAAGUUGUGAAAGAUAAAGAUGCAUUGAAGAAGUAUGAGAUACCGACAUACACACCAUUGUUUCCAGAGUCUGAUAACAACGAAUUGGAGAUGACUGUGCAAACUACAUCUGACAUCGCAUUGGAGAGCAUGAGAUCUCAAACAACUAACCAUAGAGAACCAGAGAACAAAUUGAAAGCCUCCCAGAAGUUGCAACCCAUCUGUCAGGAGUACGUUGGUGCUGUCUGUGACUCAUACUUGAGGGGCCAGUUUGUUUACAUCCCUUACGAAACAACUCAAGCAUCGCUUGAAGACAAGUUGGGUAAAGCUUUAAGAGUCACACAGUAUUCCAAUGAUAUUAGCUCUAAUUGCGAAGGGUAUGCCUUACCUAGUCUCUGUUAUUCAACCUUCCCUAUCUGUAGAGACCCAAUUGUGACUAAUGAUAACUUCUACAAAGAAGCUAAACAGAUUCUAGAACUACUUUCAUCCUCAGAUGAUGAACCCAAAAUAGAAUUUGAUAAUUUGCCUCAAGGAAUAGUUCCUCUUCCAAAUAGUAGAUUAAGUAAAAAUGUUACUAUUGAAAUGUUGAAUUAUCGCCACAACUCAACAGUAUUACGGAGAGUGUGUAAACAAGACUGUGAGAUACUGGAAAAUGAACUGUGUCAAACUGAGUAUGCCAUAGCGAAAAGACAUCCUCAUAUUGGCCAGCAGCUGGAUCUAGAAGAGUGUCAUAAUUUACCAGAAAAUGAUCCUGAUUGUCUCAAAAUUGGUAUAGGAGCUGUGAUGGUUUCGGAUGAUGAAUGUUACUGGGAGAACGGCAGUGGUUACCUCGGCCGAGUGAGUGUAGCGGACAAUGGCAUGGCCUGCAUUCCUUGGUCUAAACAAAUGCAUGUGAAAUUAUCUGACCACCCUGAGCUAGCGGGACGACACAGCUACUGCCGUAACCCUGGCGGCACAGCAUCGCAACCCUGGUGUUUUGUAGAAAGAGACGGCAAAGCCGAAAGACAACUUUGUGACAUCCACAAAUGUGCUCAUAAAAUAUGGAUUUACAUUGUCGUAGUGUUCUUCUUGCUAACACUGUCUAUCGUCGGGUUCAUCAUCUGCAUAUGUUACAAGCACAAAAAUAAAAAUAAUGCGGCCGCAAUCAGAGACAUAAAUUUACCAAAUGCUGAUAAAAAUAUUUAUGGAAACUCUCGAUUGAACUCGCCCAUAGAAAUGAAUGAAUUGUUGACCAACCAAAACAUGAGCAACCAACCUCACCUCACUAGGAAUACUCGUGGUAACGGUGUUCUGAGAAUACCCCAAUAUUCUCUAUCACAGAUAAAGUUCUUGGAAGAACUUGGUGAAGGUGCCUUUGGUAAGGUUUACAAAGGUGCUAUAAAGAAGAAUGGUGAAACGCAGUAUGUGGCUGUGAAGGCAUUGAAAGAGAAUGCUUCGGCUAAAACCCAAGCAGAUUUUAGGAGAGAGAUUGAUUUGAUUUCGGAGUUGACUCAUGAGAAUAUUGUGUGUAUUGUGGGUGUGGCUUUGAGAGAGGAGCCAUUGUGUAUGCUGUUUGAGUUCAUGGCUCGUGGGGAUUUGCACGAGUUUCUGAUGGGCCGGGCGCCGCCCUCGGGGAAAGGACUGCCGCCCAUGCGUCUGUUGAACAUAGCGAGUAACAUCGCAUCAGGAAUGCAGUAUCUUGCGUCUCAUCAUUAUGUACAUAGAGAUUUAGCAGCUAGGAAUUGCCUGGUCUCCGACGACUUUGUUGUGAAAAUUUCCGAUUUUGGCCUUUCAAGAGAUAUUUAUAGUUCUGAUUACUACAGAGUUCAAUCAAAAAGCUUGCUGCCCGUGAGAUGGAUGCCUCCUGAAUCCAUUCUCUAUGGCAAAUUCACGACGGAGAGUGACAUCUGGUCGUAUGGAGUGGUCCUGUGGGAAAUUUAUAGUUAUGGUCUACAACCUUAUUAUGGGUUCAGCAAUCAGGAAGUAAUAGCGAUGGUCCGCGGGGGCUCCCUGCUGGCGGCGCCGGCGGGCUGCCCGGCGCCGCUGUACGCGCUCAUGCGGGGCUGCUGGGCCGCCGCGCCGCAGCGGAGGCCCAACUUCCAGGAGAUCUGUACCAGAAUCGAGGAGUGGAUCCAAACGGGCGGAUGUCCGGAGGCGGCGGAGUGCGCUCGCGAGCCAGAGCGCGCGCCGCUGCUUGCGCACGCGUCGUCUUCUAACGGCUCGUUGCACACCAACAGCCUCAAGAAAUUCAGCACGGCCAGCUCCAGCCUCAGGGUCUCCGACGACGCCCGUUCCACUUGCAGCGACGUGCCCCCCCUCGCCCCGAAAACAAAGAAACAUAGCGCCGCCUCCCUCAUAGACGACAGGGUGGGCAGAGAUACGGUCGUGAGGAUACCCAAUACCAAUUUUGGCAAUGAGAUUUAACAUAUUAAUAGAUUUGUUAAGUAAAGAACACCCCCCCCCCCCUUACAUUCGCCCUUAAAAUUAAAAAACAACGCCGCCUCCCCCUUAGGGUGGGCAGAGAUACGGUCGUGAGGGUACCCAAUACCAAUUUUGGCAAUGAGGAUUUAACAUAUUAAUAGAUUUGUUAAGUAAAGAACACCCCCCUUAAUAAACCCCCUCUACAUUCGCCCUUAAAAUUAAAAAAACAACGCGGCCCCCCCCCCCGUUAGGAUGGGCAGAGAUACGGUCGUGAGGAUACCCAAUGCCAAUUUUGGCAAUGAGAUUUAACAUAUUAAGAGAUUUGUUAAGUAAAGAACACCCCCCCCCCCCUUACAUUCGCCCUUAAAAUUAAAAAACAACGCCGCCUCCCCCUUAGGGUGGGCAGAGAUACGGUCGUGAGGAUACCCAAUACCAAUUUUGGCAAUGAGAUUUAACAUAUUAAUAGAUUUGUUAAGUAAAGAACACCCCCCUUAAUAAACCCCCUCUACAUUCGCCCUUAAAACUAAAAAACAACGCCGCCUCUCUCUUAGGGUGGGCAGAGAUACGGUCGUGAGGAUACCCAAUGCCAAUUUUGGCAAUGAGAUUUAACAUAUUAAUAGAUUUGUUAAGUAAAGAACACCCCCCCCUUAAUAAACCCCCUCUACAUUCGCCCUUAAAACUUAAAAAACAAUGCCGCCUCCCUCUUAGGGUGGGCAUAGAUACGGUCGUGAGGAUACCCAGUACCAAUUUUGGGAAUGAAAUAAUAGAUUUGUUAAGUAAAGAACCCCUCCUUAAAAGACCCCCUUUUUCACACUCACCCCCAAAACUGAAAAUACAUAGCGCCGACUACCUCAUAGACAGGGUGGGCAGAUACUGUUGUGAGGAUAUCCAAUGACCUAAUCUUAAUAGAUUUGUUAAGACCCCUUUCUAAAUAACAAAUACAUUGUAAUUUUUAUAAAUAAUUAAAUUUAUACAUUUUUAAGUCGCCACGUCACGGAUCGGUGUAGUUAAAAUCUUAGCCAAUAUGGGAUAAGUUGUAGCUUUUUAUAAUAAUUUAUUAAAUGUACAUUUGAUCUUUAGUAGUUAUUUGGUUAAAAAGUUAAGAACGUCGUUUUCAGAAUAUCAGUGGGUUGAAAUAUUGUUUGUACAGUCCACUGCAGAGAAACCUGACCUCUUUGCACAGGUCUGCAGUUGACUGUAUCAUGUUUCACAUAAGAAAGUAGAGAAUACUACCUUGAUGUAGUGGUUUAUUUUACUAUUUCCCCCGUCGUAUAGCGGAGGUCAAAAAGUCCAUUCGUUCUUAAAUCAAUUUUUCAUAAUAUUAUCCUUUCUAGCGUUUCUUUUGUUGUAAAUAACUAAAAUGUAAGUAAAAUAAGUAAAAUGAUAAAUAUCCACAAACCUUUGGAAAAUUUGUAUUUGGACUUUUUGCUGCGACUAAAUCAGACAUAGAUAAAGGCUGAUUUAAAAAAAUCCGUCUAUUUAUAUGGACUUGGCACAUAGUAAUUUAGGUCAAGCAAAUAUCAGCACUUAUCAUUAUGUAUGUUAGGUAAAGAAAUUAUAUACAAUUUUUUAGUAACGCCUUUACAUAGUUCUUUUGUAAAAUAAAAAAAAACCCUACGUUCGAAAUUUUAAAUGCGAAAUUUUAUUUUCAGUAUGUCAGUGAAAAUGUCGCAGCGCGAAUUUCUUAGUCUAUGGUACUCUCCUGUUCCUCAUUGUGUAAUUUUUUUUUACAUAAGUUUACAAUUUAUUAUACAAACUAGCUUUAAUCCUAUUUGUAAAUGUACUUAAUGUAAGUAAUUUGUACGGUGUUAUUGUUUGUGUGUGUAUUCGACGACAUAAACUUUCGUUAAAAUAUUUUUUUUUCGUAAUUUUGAUAUAAUUGUCAGAAACUAGCCACGUGCAGAACUAGUUUAGUUUAUUUUCUUUUAAUGUAGUUUUAAGUCAACGAAAUUAUUGAAUAUAAAAACAAUCAAACAUUUUCGAUGAGUACAUUAUAUUUCAUUUUAUACUUUUAUACGAAGUACCAAAUUUUUAUUUUUUAAGUAUCCAAAACUAACUAUAAAUAAAACAAAAACCUGUACUAUUAAUUAAAGAAUUUUUGUUUAUGCUACGUAUUUGAGGCAAUAGAAUAUUAUGUAAGAACUGUUACAUAAAUUAUUUUAAUUAUGUUAAAGUACCUAUAUUAUUCCGUUUAGUUCUAAGUUUAAUUUAAAUAUUUAUUGUAUUGCUCGUUAGGAUUAAGCAACCAGCAGACAUUUUGUGUAUUAUACUUAGAUAAUUUAAAAGAAAAUUUAUUUUAAUUGUUUUGUAAAACGCAUUUACA